AUGGUCAAAGUUUACCGCACCAGCUUUGAUCUCCUUCGAUCCUCUUUUCAGAAGGAAGAUGCGAUAGACGUUUUCCAAAUGGAUGUUGGCCACAUCUCGGUCACGAACGUCAAGCUUUGGAGUCGGAAAAGUCGACACCGGCGUCCACCCCAGAUCCCUGAACAUCAGCCCUUCGUCAUCUGCCUGACCGGCUUCUACAGCUGUCAGUGGGGCUGGCAACAGCACAGAACAGUGAAGCCAGGCCAUUGGUGUUGCAAGAAGAGGGAGUGUAGUUUUUUUGCAAUCUUGACGCUGGCGCUGAGCUUCUGGUUCAUCUUUCUGUCUCUCUGGGGGGGAACAAAGAACGACUAUCACAAUUUUGAUGUGUACAGCUAUAUGAAUACAGGAUACUGGUUUCACUGGUCGAUUUUCCUCCUGGUUUUAGCUGUGUUUUCAUUCUCCUAUCUCUUGUUUUUAUUGAUCUUAGCAGUGUGUCUCCUGUGUGAGAAUCAACAGCUGUACCUACACUGGUGUCACAAGACGAUGACGAUCUUUGCCCUGUUUCUCUCCAUUAUUGGCUUAAUCACCAUAACACUAUUUUGGAAAGGACAAUGGUACACAUUCUACCUGUCAUUUCAGAUCUCAGCUCCCUUUCUCCACAUGGCUGCCAUCUUGACCAUGAUCCUUCUAUCUUGGCCUGUGGCGAUCCAUUUCUUCCAGAUGAAAAACAGAGUUCUACAGAUUCUAAUCUUUGGUCCUUACCUGUUUAUCCUGCUCUUUCUUCUCUUCAUACCCCUGGGGAUGACCUCACCCUGCAUCCGGGAGAAGGGGACGCUGGGUCCCAAGCCAGGCCUGAUAGGUCACAGAGGAGCACCGAUGGUGGCUCCUGAAAAUACUGAGAUGUCGUUUGUGAAAACCAUUGACUAUGGUGCUGACGGUUUGGAGACAGAUGUCACCAUUAGUUUUGAUGGGGUCCCCUUCCUUAUGCAUGACAAGACUCUAAAAAGAACCACCAACAUCAAAACUCUGUUUCCUACAAUCAGGAACAAAAAAGCCUCCUUUUUUUCCUGGCCAGCUUUGCAGCUACUGAAUGCCGGACAGUGGUUUUUCAAGAGAAGGCCAUUCCCUAACAUGCCCCUGCUCUCAGAGGCAGAUGAAAAAUGGGCGAAGAAUCAGAAAAUUUACAAGUUCAGUGAUUUCUUGUCUCUGGCUGACAAGGCGAACAAAGUGGUAAUCUUUGAUCUUUACCGCCCACCUCUGAAUCAUCCCUACAGGGAUACUUUCCUCAAUAGGACUUUGGACGUACUCAAAAAUGAAUCUGGGAUUAAAGCUAAUUUGGUCCUAUGGCUGAUGGAUUCAGGUAGAACUUAUGUUCAGUCCGUAGCUCCCGGCUUCCAACACACUACGUCUUCCCUAGAACCCAUUGAAGAUCUCCAAAAACGGAAUAUUGUGAAACUCAACUUGGACUACAGAAGGAUGGCUACUGUAGAUAUUCGGAAAUAUGCCGAAGCCAACAUCACCACCAACCUCUGGGUGGUCAGCGAACCGUGGCUCUACUCCUUGGCGUGGUGCUACGGAGCUAAAUCGGUAACUACCAAUGCUGUGCAUGCUCUGGGCAACAUUAGCCAGCCUUUCUUCUUCUUGACACCUAAGGAAUACAGGACGAUGUGGAUUGUAACCGACUCUCUGGCGCUUCUCUUCAUAUUUCUUAUCUUUGGUUUUCACUGGUAA